CACACGCAGACGGGAAGAAAGUGAGGAAGGCGGCCUUUGUCCCGCAGCCCGCGUGUGUUUCUUGCGGAGCCAGAUGUUCGCUGCUUCCUGCGGGAGGAGUUGGCUGCUCGUGGCCGCCGCGGAAGGCGGUGAAGUCGGUUUAUAAUGCCGGGACGGCUCGCUGCGAUGGAGAGCAAGUGCUGACCAGGAUUUGGGAUUUAUUAUUCUACUUUUUUUUUUUUUUUUUUUACUUGGGAUUUUCUGACGUUGUCCCUCUGCUUCCAGUGGAAGUUGGUGGCUCAGCUAUUUAUAUCCGGAUAAAAUGCCUGGAAGAACCAAGUACAACCUGGUGGAUGAUGGACACGAUCUGAGGAUCCCGCUGCACAACGAGGAAGCUUUCCAACAUGGGAUCAACUUCGAGGCAAAGUAUAUCGGGAGUCUGGACGUGGCGCGGCCGAGCAGCCGAGUGGAGAUCGUGGCUGCGAUGAGAAGAAUUCGGUAUGAAUUCAAGGUGAAAAACAUCAAGAAGAAAAAAGUCCACAUUUCUGUGUCUGUAGACGGAGUGAAGGUCACCUUGAGGAAAAAGAAAAAAAAGAAGCAGUGGACGUGGGACGAGAGCAAGAUGAUGGUGAUGCAAGAUCCCAUUUACAGGAUCUUCUACGUGUCUCACGACUCUCAGGAUCUAAAGAUCUUCAGCUACAUUGCCAGAGAUGGACAGAGUAACAUCUUCCGCUGCAAUGUCUUCAAGUCCAAGAAGAAGAGUCAGGCCAUGCGCAUCGUGCGGACAGUCGGCCAGGCGUUCGAGGUCUGUCACAAACUCAGUCUGCAGCACACACAGCAAAACACGGACGGACAGGAAGACAGCCACAGCGAAAAGAACGGCAACGACUCGUCCGGCACAGGCGUGCGUGCUUAUCCAUCUGUAUGUGUGUGUACUUUCCUCGGCUCAGCUCGGGCGCUAACAGGUGCGGAGAAGACGGCGACGGUCACCGAGGAGACGGACAUCGACGCAGACGAGACGAACCAGCUGUCAACAGCAGAGGAAUUAAACCUCAAUCGAGGUGUAACUGAUCUGGAUGCCACAGCAAAGACAUCAGAUACUAACCACUCAGAGAAGAAGGCUGCAGAUGAGGCCUCCCUGCUGCUCUCCAGUCCCAGGAUGUUGCUUCCUGCAUCGGGCACACUUCCACCAGGCGCACCCCUCUCCGUGCACCACCAGAUCCAACUCCUCCAUCAGCAGCUUCAGCAGCAGCAACAGCAGACGCUAGUGGCUGUAGCACAGGUUCACCUGCUGAAGGAUCAGCUGAAUGCAGAGGCCGCGGCGCGACUGGAGGCCCAGGCUCGAGUCCACCAGCUCCUGCUGCAGAACAAAGACCUGCUGCAGCACAUCUCUCUGCUGGUGAAACAGAUCCAGGAGCUAGAGACUAAGAUGUCUGGACCCAACAUCAUGGGAUCCCAGGACAGUCUGCUGGAGAUCACCUUCAGGUCCACAGUGCCUCCUGUGAUCUGUGACCCCACCACGCCGAAACCAGAGGUGACUGUCCUGAACAUGCCCCCGUUGACCGACCAGAAUAGCAACGCCUUCUCGUCCUCCAACGGGACUCUUGGAAGCCUCCUAGGUAGGGACCAGUGUCUUCUCAAACUGGAGUGUUUCCGUUUCUUUCCGGGACCUCCGGGGCCUCCACCUCCUCGACCCCCCACGCCUCCUCUGCCUCUCAAGGUUGACAGGCCAGAGGGCAAAGGUGAAGAGAUCUCUGAGAUUACAGCCGAGUUGUUGGCCCGUGAUGGCAAAUCCCUGGGCUGCCUGGACUUUGCCAGAUUUCGAGAGUCAGGUAUCGCCUCAGAGUACGAAUCGAACACUGAUGACAGUGAUGAUAGGGAGGAGGACGAGGAUGAGGCGGAGGAGGAGGAAGGGGAGGAGGAGAUGGAGUUUUAUGGCUGGGGGACAGAUGAGGAAACACUGAGGCUGCUCAAUGUUCUGAACAAUCGGGGAACUCCUGAUUGCCUUGGAGAUGAAAUUGUGGUCUAACAUACGACCGUGUUCCUCUGAAGAAACCUCAUGUUGAGAUAAAACU